AUGGAAUCAAUAGUUAAAGAUUGUAUAUCGAAUAUAACAGGUGUUUGUAGAAUAUGUAAUCAAAAGAUAAUAUUAUCAUCUGAUGAUGAUGAUGAUAUACAUCAACAAUCAAUGAUCAAUCAUUAUUUAGAUUGUGUCAAUUCAUUUAAAUCGGUAUUGUUAAAUAUCAAUAAUAGUCGUAAACAUGUCGAUCAUAGUAAUAAUCUUAAACAUGUCGAUGAUAAUCUUCAUCAAGAUAUAUUACGAAGAAAGAGAAAGAAGAUAUCAUCAAUGUCAUCCUCCUCGACAUCUAUCCCUUCAUCAUCAACAAAUCAUUAUUUUCAAGAUUCAUUAUUAAGAAUAUCAAUGAUAUCAAUAUUAUAUCGUGAAGAUGAUAACGAAAGUGUAAUGAAUCUAUUGAUGACUUGUAAAGAUGCUAUGAAAUGGAAGGAUACUGUUGUAUUCCCAAGAUUACCUUCUAUUAAUACAAUAGAAUCGUACAAGAAUAAUGGAAGAAUCAAUCAACUACCUCGACGAUACAAUAGAGUAGAUAUCGAGAAUAGAGAUUAUUUCAAAAAGAAUGUCGAUGGUUUAAUCAAUCAUCAUUGUAGAGAACUAAACUAUUUCAUUAAUGAUCCAAUACCAGCUGGAUUUAUACCAGAUCACUUUACAAAGAUUCAAGUUUGUGGACGGAUAGAGGUUGGAUCAAUACCACCAUUUACAACACACCUUCUGAUUGGGUCGUCGCGAUACCCACAAGAGAUAUAUAAAGAACUAUUCCCAGAUACAUUAGAGAUGCUCGAUACCGCGUACGGAGUGAUUGGGGAACACUCAAACCUCGACGAUCUUGUGCCACACAAUAUAAAGGUGCUUUAUAUUGCAUCCAAUUUGGUUCAUCCCUAUCUCUUAAAACUCAAGAACUUAUAUUUAAUGACCACUUACGAUAUUCAAGAUGGUGAAGGACAUGGAUAUAUUCGCAUUGGAAAUAUACCCAAAACAAUCGAGUAUUUAUAUCUUAACAAUUGUACAGUUGAGAGUGGAUACACUCUUCCAUCAAGUAUCAAGUACUUCUCAAUCAACCUCACUAAAAACUCACCCCAAUGUAUUCCCUCAUCUGUAAAGUACCUAUUUCUUGUUUGUCAAGGCCCUACAGUCCUCUUGAAAGGAUGGGUCCCUUCGUCAGUAACAGAUCUCAGAUUAGAUGGCCAAUUCCAACUAACAAUAGGAAGCAUCCCAUCGUCAGUCAUCACAUUGUCACUGACUGGUUUUGAUGUCUCCCCACACGCUUCAACCAUUCCAGAUAGCGUUAAUUCAUUAAUUAUCAAUGGAUUAGAUUGUCAAUUCGAUGCAACUCUCUAUACAAGUAGCAUCAAGUAUUUUGGUAUGUUAGGAAAGUACCCUUUCUCAAUCAAAUCGUGUAUUCCACCAUCGACAAAUUAUUUUGAUUACCAAUCCAGCUAUAUAUCUCAAUGGAAUGCCAAUGAUAUUCCAAAUGGAGUUACUCAUAUUAGAUUGGAAUUGAUUACAGGUUUUAUUCCAGACAGUUGUGAGUAUUUGGAAUUAUCCUACAUUUAUAAUGAAGCACCACUUUGGAAAGCUGUACCAAAACAAUUAAAAACUAUCCGUUGCAAUCCAAAGUGUUCUGUGAUGAGCAAAAAUAUUCCAGCUUCUAUCAACCAAACACCUAAAACCAGGGCACAUGAAGGAGGGAGUACAUGGGAUGCUAACUUUAGAUACCUUGGUUUAUGGAGAAAGACAGACUGCGUUAAAUUGUAUUAUCAGUAUGUGUUUGAAGUAUUAUCAGUUGGUGUCUCCCAAAAGAGAACGAGUGAAAGAAACAAAAGAGAAAAACCAGCUCAAUCAAGAAUAGAACCCACUCCCAAGAUCCUGCCCCCUCCUUUCUUUUUGGUCUUUCAUCCGAAUUGCAAAAAAAGCGGUCCUGAUAUUUGGUCUAUGAAACGCUUUGAUGUGGAGUCUACCAUUGUCCAACGAGGAGGACAAACGUAUCAUCUUCCAGCUGCUCAUGUUGACUUUGAUUUCCAAGGUGAAUUACAUGUAAGAAUGAUGUUAAAAGAACAACCAAAAGGACCAAUGCCACAUUAA